AUGUUAAAAAGGAUCGAUUCAUUAUCUUCACGUUCACAAUCAGUUUCAUCGGAAUUCAAUUUUAUUACUCCAACAUCAAUAAACAAAAAAUUUAUUUCAGAAAUUUACAAUAAUAAAAAAUUAGAAGAAGAACUUGCAUUAAUCAAAUCACAAACAUGUAUAGAUUUAUCCUAUUGGAAUUUAAUUGAUCAUGAUAUAUUUAUGAUUAUUAAACAAAUUAUUACAUAUAAACAAUGUAUAGAACUUCGAUUAUGUGGAAAUAAAAUAACAUCACAAGGUGCAUCAAUUUUAGCUUCAAAUUUAAUAAAUAAUUCAACAUUAAAAUGUCUUGAUCUUUCCUAUAAUCAUAUAUCAGAUAGAGGUAUUUAUUUCUUAAGUCAAGUUCUUUUACCAAUUCAUUAUUCAUCUCUUGAAAUACUUUUUCUCAAUAAAAAUGGUAUUUCAAAUGAUGGUAUACAUUAUUUAUCUGAAAUGCUUCAAAUAAAUCAAACAUUAACUGAAUUAUGGUUAUCAGAUAAUGAAAUUGGAGAUCAAGGAAUAAAACAAUUAGCAAAUAUAUUAAUUAAUUAUAAUAGAAAAUUAAAAGUAUUAGUACUUUCAUUUAAUAUAUUUAUAACUGAUAGAAGUAUUAAUUAUCUUCUUAAAAUGUUGGAACAUAAUCAAAUAUUAGAAAAAUUUUCGAUAAACAAUUGUAAUUUAUCUGAAACGAGUAAAAUGAAACUUCAAGAAAAAGCUAAUGGAAAGAAAAUAUUCGAAAUUGAGGUUUGA